AUACGACUCGAGAAUUUUUUAUUUCCUCAAUCCUCGUUCUGCAGACUGCAGUGCAGAGUGCAGAUUAUUACAGAAUUGCAGAAACGGUAAAUCUGGCAGGAACAGACAUCCGGAAAUUGCAAAUUAAAAUUGCAUUCCAGGGACUGCAACUAAAUAUUUUGCACUUCGACUGAUGAAAAAAUGUCUACGACCCUCUCGAACGAGGCACAGCUGCGUUACAUCAUCGAGUGGUUCCAAGAAUGGUCAGAAAUGCAGCGGGGUGACUUCCUGGCUAUUUUGCUCGAGCGAUGCAGUCCCCCAGGUCUAGUAAACGGUCUCCUCUCAGGAAUCGAAGGCCUCUGCAGCAAAGAUGACUUGGAUCGUCCUCCAAGUUUAUUCCAAUGUCGCAUCAAACUCUUUCGCGAAUGGAGUCAAAAUUGGUCUCAGCAACAAAAGGACUCCCUGAUCUCCUCCAUCAAAAACAUGGAUCCUAAAUUCGCUGAACAAUACGACCAGAGGUUAUCCGAAGGCACCGAAGACGAGGACGAGACUGAGAGCAAUUAACUCAAAAAGGUAUAUCAAAAUGCUAUGGCAAUUUAUAACCCUGAGAACGUAAUUGAAAUUGCGAACUUCUCACAAGGAGAGGAUUUUUUUUUUAAUCGAGAAAGACUGGAAUAUUGCUCGAUAUCAUUUUUAUAUAUUUCUACAAUAGUCUGACUCUAGAGAAUCAUUGUUAAAAAAUUCUACAACUAACUUUCGUUCAGUCGCAGUUCGAAAAAAGUAGAUCUUACUUUUGCAACUUAUAUUUUAUACAUUUUUUCAGGAAAUUGUUAAUUUUAUAAUGGCCAUCCUUGUUUAAGAAAAAAUGUGGAUCUCGGCGAAAUUUUUAAAAAUGAUUUAUUGUAAUAAUUGUAGAAAUAUCAGAGCUGCAGAAUUCGUACUACAUUCCAAUUAUGUAAUUUUGUAAGUGAUCGUUUUGUGUAAACUUUUCUAGUCUACGAAACAUUCCAUUUUGUAAAAUUCGAAUCAUCAUUCGACGUUUAUCAAUUCUUAAGUGAAAAAGUAAUUAAAUUCCUUUGUAAUCUUUUAAAUUUAUGUAAGUGGCUUCAAAUUCUUUUAAAAUCGUUCAAAUUCUUUUAAAAUUGUUCAAAUUCUUUUAAAUUCGUUUGAAUUUGGAAAGACUCAAUAAAUUGAGAGAAAUUCAGAGAAUUCAGAACACUUUAGUGAGUUUACAAGAUUUCAAGGAAUUCGGAAUAUAUCCGGGAAUUCAGAGGGAUUUAUAUUUCAAGCGAAUUUAAAAGAGUUUAAAAGUAUUUCUAUGAAAUUCGAAAGAAUUUGAAAGAAUACAGAAUUCCAAGAACUCAAAAGAAUUCAAAGGAAAACAAAAAAAUGUAACUAACCUACAGUGAAUAAUUAAACCAGACCUCGGGCUCACUUUUAGAGAUCAAAAAUAGUGUACAUAGUUUCAACAUUUUAAAAAAAUAUUGUCAAAAAUUUUUCCAGUAUUAAAAAUUAAUUUUAAUGUUUAUUUAAAAUAUUUUUCUUCAGUCUAUAAAUGAUCAAAAU